CCGUCCAGCAUGGAACAGCAAGCAUUCAAGUCAAGAGCUUUAUUCUUAGUACAUUCCAUUGACUAGUAAUUUGUAUUGAGGACAAAUUAAUAAGUAUUAGUUUUUUUAAAUUCAAUUUACAGACGAAAAGAAAACACAGGGAAAAAAGAAAGAAGAGAUAAUUGAAUUAAUAACUACUACAGUCAAUUGCUUGGUUUAUAUCAUUCACACGAAUCAUUUCGACAUAGAUAUCAUACGAAGGAAGUUCAUUAUUACUACAAAUCAUGCAAGUGAUGGAGAAAUUAAUAUUGGUCUUCAUGUUGCUUGGACUGGGUUCAAUAGACAAUGGAAGCUCUGAAGUUUAUUCCAAUACUGAUGUCUCAUGGAAUGAUCCCAGUCGAGUUUACCAACGAGUUAAAUUAAAACGAGAAAAUGAAGUAGAUCAUUUCAGUGAUGAUGAAUUACUUUUAAAAAAGAUGCUAACUGAUACAACUAUUCCAGUUGAUAUUGAAAAGAUGAGUAUUAUUGCAGAUAGAAUUAUCUCAGACGCUGAUGUAAGUGAAGAAACUAAGAGAGUUGUCAGACAAGUAAAAAAGCAAAGACCUGGAUUCUUCUGGACUCUCUUCCGAGUCUUCUUUGAAACACUUAACGAGACUCGAUCAGUAAUAAUACAAAUCAACGACAUUGUUACUGCAAAUGUUGUUGAGCGAACGACUCCUAGACCAACAACAUUAAAAGCUGAUAUCAGUGAAGAGGAUUCAACAACUACUUCAACGCCUUUCAAAUUAACACGGCAAUUUCUCCAAGAUUUUACUCGUAAAAAUAUUAGAGGCUUAGUGAGGCUUUUUAAUAUUGAAUGGAAAGAUGCACUUAAUCAAUCACAAAGUAAUAUCAAACAAUUCCAAAAAGAAUUAUCUCGAAGUGUUGAACCAUUUUUAGCAGAUAAUCCAGAUGUUUAUUGAUAUUUUGGAUUAUAUUAGGUGUAUCAUGUUUAUAAAACUUGAUUGUUGUUAAAAUCUUUAACUAGAAUUAAUUAUUUUUUAUUUUAGAACAUAAGAUAAAUG